UCUUUGAAAACAGAGAGUUGUUCUGAAACCAGAGGGAGUUUCGAAGCUCUUUUUGAAGAAAAAUGGCUGAUUUUCUCUCUCUAAAGCUUGUUCUCAUCAUUUCUCUUCUCUCAUCAGCAAACUACUGCUGUAAAGCUCAGCAGGCGGAUUCAGUCCAAAUUGUUGCCCGUGCUGCACUCUGCUUCGAUAAUCAAACGGUGACAAAUGGCUGCACGAGAUGGAUGAGACGCAUAGCAAAUAAGAAUGUGACUAAAAAGGGAGCGGCUCGUUUCUGCGGCAGCCCUUGUGCUGGGCAGAUGAUGCUGGUCUUCGGUUGUGUGGAGGACAUAUUAUCUAAUUUCCAGUUUUACAGUCCUGGACUCUUGCUGGGAGUUCAGUCCAUUUUUCAGAUGUCUUGUGGAGGGAGGACAAGUGCUCCCAACACUGACAUCAGCACUAAUACCAGUGCAUCUGGGAACAUGGUGGCUGAGAAAACUGAAGUGAAGGCUGAGGCAACGGAAGCAAAAGCUGAGAAAUCUAUGGCCAAGCACUGGAGUUCUUCUACAUGGAUAAUUCCCUUGGCUUUUGCUGUUGUAGCUGCUCUUAUUCUUUAUAGUUCGCCAAGAAGUCUCUACUCUUGAGAUUUGGAAAAGAUUUAUGCCCUUGUUGAAAUGCUGGGGUCUUUGUUAUAACUACAGAGAGAGAGGAAGGCGAGCUGUUUUCUCUCCAUUCAUAAUCUAUGUAUUAGUUAUAUUAUUUUUUUUUUUUUAAUUCCGCUUUAUUAUAUAAGCGGUAUAAUGUAAUUGUGGGGGUUUAUUAUGGCAUAAAAUUUGUAAUAUUGGGUACAUUAUUUAAAAGUUUAGGGUUCUCUUUUCUUCACUUUAUUAUGGUUAUCAUUGUUACUUUUAUUAUUUUUGUUAUUAUUAUUAUUCUUCUUAUUAAAUAUCUUACACUUCCGUAGUGUAG